AUGCUGCUUCCAAUACUACUCCUCUCCGGCCUCUGCGGCCACGGGCCAUUCGCCUCGGCUGCCAUCACAGUCCCUGUCGAUCCCGAUGUCGACCCACUCCCGCUGUCAACCGCCGGCACGGUGACAUCUGCGUCGGAGCUCCUUCGGCAGAGCUGCCCGGAAGAGUUCCCCCCACGCACGCCAUACUCGCCGGAGCUGCUCAUGUCGUCCUUUGCCGAUUUCGGCUCGGACGACGACAGCGCCUUUGCCAAUGGCACAAUCUUUCAGUCGUCAGACAGUCUCGUGAGGGGCGCCAUCGAAGCAUGGGGCCAGCACCAGAGCCUCGUCCUCCGACCUGAUGAGGUAUGGUUCGAGAUUCUGGCGCAGCUCAACUUUUACAUGACUGCGCAUGCCGAAGAUGUUCGGCAUCUGUUUGUCGAUCAUGAGGGUAAAGAGGAGAUUCAGGUGUGGCGCUUCUCGUGGCGUGACGUGAUUGCGGCGUUUGCAGGCGAGAUCCAGCAGAGGGUCAAGACAGAUUGGCUGCUCGACUGGAUCAUGCCCAAUUUCACCACGAGCGACGACAAUGAUGGCCUCACAGCCACCGUCCUGAUGAUGGGCCUGAUGCAACACUACUUUGAGUUCAGCGGGGGCAUCACCUGUGGCCUUCCCGAGGUGACGCUGCUGGGAGAGAGAGACGACUGGGUGAAGCUGCUCGGGAAGCUGGACAGGCUCAAGGAGUGGGGAGAGGAGCCGGCAGACUAUGCCGAUCGGCUGCGGCCAAUCUUGACUCGCUUCGUGCUCACAUGGGACGAGCCGGACAGCGACGAGGUCAAGGAGUUCUGGAAGAACAUUGUUCGGUCGCAGAGGCUGUUCAUGUGCGGCGCUGGGCCUACGGGCUACAGCAUCUCAGGGUGGAUUACCGGGUUCCUGCACUGGACCGUCGAGGGCGACCUGCGCAUCUCGCGCCAGACCGAACAGGAGUUCCAGCCGUCGGACGACUACGACAUGCUUGUGCUCGACGGCAUCCCGUACUUUUCGACGGAGCUGGACGAUGUGCCCGUCGGCUACGCAAAGGCGCCGCUCAAGAUGCUGGACUAUCCAAGUCAGGGGACGGACUCGAUGGCGUAUCUGCUGGCGGGCAACGUCGGGGUCCAGAGACUAGCGGUGGCCUCUAGCGAGACGCCGGGCCAGGAGGAUUUCAAGGUGACGGCGCAGCCGAUGAGUGCGUGGUUCCUGUUUGGGCCGGUGAAUGCGACGUUCAAGACAGGGCCCAGGUACGGCGACGGGGGGGAGCUGCUGAGGGCGGCGGCGGGGCUGGGAAUGUGCUCGACGCAUAACUUGUUUGGGGGGGAUGAUGGAGGGAUUGGUGAUGUUGGUGAUGUUGGUGAUAUUGGCGGUAUCAUUGUGGACGUUCCGGGUGAUGGAGUUGUGUUUGACGAUCCUGAUCUGCUGGGCAUUGGUGGUGAUGAUGAUGGUGUUGAUGCUGGUGAUAGUGGUAAGAGGAGGAGGGAGAGGCGGAUCGUCAAGGGCAGCAAAGCAGAUGCGCUGAGGCAUCGAAUCUACAUGUAA